GGCGGGGCUUGCUCUCCGGCGCUCACACUGAGGGCUCCGGCUGUUAUGGCCUCGUCCCGGAGGAUGAGCUUCUGCGGCCUGUGAGCGCGGUGUGCACGGCACCAUGACCCGGGGACUGCUGCUGCUCGGCGCCCUGCUGCUCUUCUGCGCCCCGCACACACCCGCGGGUGUGAACAUCUGCAGCAGCCGCAGUGUCAGCGUCACCUCCUGUCAGGACUGUCUGCUCAUCCAUCCGCAAUGUGCCUGGUGCUCCCAGGAGGUUUUCGGGGCGCCUCACACGGUGACCUCACGCUGCGAUUUGACGACAAAUCUGAUAAGUAAAGGCUGCUCUGUGGAUUUUAUCGAGGGCCCCAAGAGUAGAGUCACUGUGACCAGGAACCUCCCCCUCAGCAGCAAGGGGUCCGGGUCAUCACAGUCCGACAUCAUCCAGGUGACCCCACAGAGUCUCUCGCUGUCUCUGCGGCCAGGUGCGGCAGCCUCUUUUAAGGUGCAUGUGCGGCAGGUGGAGGACUACCCGGUGGAUCUGUACUACCUGAUGGACUUAUCGCUGUCAAUGAAGGACGAUUUGGAUACCAUUCGGAAUUUAGGGACAAGAUUGGCCGCCGAGAUGGCAAAACUGACCAGCAACUUCCGCCUGGGGUUCGGCACCUUCGUGGAUAAGAACGUCUCCCCGUUCUCUUACACCGCUCCCAAAUACCAGAACAACCCCUGCACUGGAUAUAAGCCGUUCCCGAACUGUAUCCCGUCCUUCGGCUUCCGCCAUGUUCUUUCCCUCACGGAUAAAGUCAACAACUUCAACUCUGAGGUGCAGAACCAGCAGGUGUCACGGAAUCGGGACGCUCCAGAGGGCGCAUUUGAUGCCAUUCUGCAAGCUGCAGUCUGCAAGGAGAAGGUCGGCUGGAGGACGGAGGCGUCCCACCUGCUGGUCAUCACUACAGACGACGUCCCGCACAUUGCCCUGGAUGGUAAACUGGCCGGUCUGGUGCAGCCACAUGAUGGGCAGUGCCACCUCAACACAGACAAUGAGUACAGCGCCGCUGAUCAGCUGGAUUAUCCAUCGCUGGCGUUGCUUGGGGAGAAGCUGUCGGAGAACAACAUCCAUCUCAUAUUCGCUGUGACAAAAACGCAUUAUUUACUAUAUAAGAAUUUCACAGCGCUGAUCCCCGGGACCACGGUGGAGAUCUUGGACACCAGCUCCCAAAACAUCCUGCAGCUCAUCGUCAACGCCUACAAUAACAUUCGCUCCAAGGUUGAGCUGACCGUAUCCGAGACUCCGGAUGACCUCAGCCUCAGUUUCUCAGCGACGUGUCAGGACGGAUUGUCGUAUCCCGGGGUCAAGAAGUGCGGAGAGCUGAGGAUUGGCGACACGGUGUCGUUUGAGGUCUCGGCUGAGGCGCGCUCCUGCCCCCCACCAGGUGCCACGGACACUUUCACCAUCAAGCCGGUGGGAUUUCGGGACACCCUGGAGGUCACAGUGACCUAUAACUGCAGCUGCAGCUGUUCGCAGCAAGUGGAGAACGACAGCGGCAAGUGCAGCGGCAACGGAACGUACACCUGCGGCAUGUGCGACUGUGACCCCGGGUUCCUGGGGGCGCGGUGCGAGUGCGGGGAGGAGGACGACAGCAGCGACUGGUCCCUGAACACCUGCCGCGAGUCGGAGAGCCACACGGUGUGUAACGGCAGGGGGCGCUGCAUCUGCGGCCUGUGCUCCUGCUACGAGAGCGAGUUCGGACGCAUCAGCGGCUCGUACUGUCAGUGCGACGACUUCUCGUGCGCCAGGUACAAGGGCGUGUUGUGCUCAGGUCAUGGUGAAUGUGACUGCGGGGAGUGUAAGUGUCACGCCGGCUACAUCGGUGAAAACUGUAACUGCACCACGGAGACGGACAGCUGUAUGUCCAGUGACGGGCGAAUGUGCAGCGGAAAAGGAACGUGUGUGUGCGGCCGCUGCCAGUGCAUCCAGCCCGGAGCAUUUGGUGAGACAUGUGAGAAGUGCCCCACCUGCCCCGACGCCUGUGGAACAAAAAGGGACUGUAUCGAGUGUCGUCUCUACCAGACCGGACGCCUCGCCGACAACCAGACCUGCCAGAAACUCUGCAAGGACGAGAUCAUCACGGUGGAGACACUCGACACGGACAACCCUGAGGCCGUUCUGUGCGUCUACAAGACGGAGAAUGAAUGUGUGAUGAGGUUCACCUACUCCGAGGACCCGAAUGGGAAAUCCGUCCUGACUGCACUGAAGGAACCAGUGUGCGCCAGUGCCCCCGAUGCCUUGACGGUGCUGCUGGCGGUGGUGGGCAGCAUAUUGCUGGUUGGUCUGGUGCUCCUGGCAGUCUGGAAGCUUCUGGUGACCGUCCACGAUCGCCGCGAGUUUGCACGGUUUCAGAGUGAGCGAUCCAGAGCCAAGUAUGAGAUGGCAGCCAACCCGCUUUACCGCCAGCCGAUCUCCACCCACAACGUAGAUGAGAUGUACAGCAUGAUGGGUAAAUCCUACAACGGGACGUCCAAUGGAUUCAGACUCGCGGACGAUAUAGACUGAGGUGCAGGAUGAGCGCUGCACUUACCCUACCCUAGAGGGCGCUGUGUGGGCGUCAGCAGAGCGGACCAGCGACGGCCGCCAUUCGGCUUAUUUGCACAUUUUAUAGACUUCUACCGGGCGCAGCUGACUUAGAGCGGCCGCCUCCUGGAUCCUACACUGAAGGAGUCCGACCGCCAGCCGGUCCGUGUCCUAACCCGACUGAGGGCGCCGCCGCCCGUGAGAUUAACCCACAAAGUGCCACAUAGAUGAUUUAGGAUUUUAUAUUAGUGACUAGAUCGGGACUAAUCAGGGUCAAGGUACGCGGGAUUCUCCAUCAUGGGCGCCCAUGCUGCUUGGGAUACAGCAAACAAAUAUGGUGGCCACAGUGAGCGGUGAAUCCGGCACCGCGACAUUUACACAUUACAACCGCGCCGCUUCUGUGAUAUGGCGAUGACCUGAGGACUUCAAGGGGUCAAAUGGUCCAGCCCAGAAGCCCUGAAUGGCAAAUCUGCCUAAUAAUGCGGCAAUAAUGGAGACAGGGCUGAUGUGUAAGUGUGGCCUCCAGACAGAGCAGAUGUGCCGCUCAGGACUCUGGGAAAGAAGACAUUAUCGACUGGGAAUAUUUCUAUUUUAAAGGGAUGUUUUCUUUUGUGUCACCUCUGACUUCACAUUAUACAGUCACGUAUAAUCUCUGUACAGCAGAGUCACUGUAUACAUAUUACUGGCCCCUAGUACUUCAGAGCUGCACUCACUAUUCUGCUGGUGAGGUCACUGUGUACAUACAUUACAUUACUUAUCCUGUACUGAUCCUGAGUUACAUCCUGUAUUAUACUCCAGAGCUGUACUCACUAUUCUGCUGG